AUGGAUGACGUGCAGUGGCAGACCAUCAACAGCGUCAGCGAGGCGGCCUUAUUUAUGUCGAGAGUGUCGAGCCCAGAGCGGGUCGAGCAGGUGACAAAAGAUAAAAAGCGCACUCCGUCGGUUCGUGGUAGUCAAAUUCGUAUAUCGGAAACACCCCACGUAAAACGGAUCGCAGAGAAGUUCUCGAAGUUUAGAAAGAACAACGUUGAGGUCCGCAAGCUUGAGGAGAGGGUGGUUUGCCUGGAGUACGAUAUAUUCGACUUGAACGCGGCUGACCCCGCGGUGCCGACGCAGAAAAUGAGAGCAUUUUUCUCCAUAAAAAUGAAAGAUUUCGGAGGCAACAACAACAAAGAGAACAUACCUUCCAUCCCAUCUAAUGUUAAACGCAACUUCAACUUAGACGACGGAGACCUUCAGAAACUGAACGAGAAAGAGAUAGAAAUCAUAGACAACGAGAUACCUGAAAACAGGUCCAUACUAGAGGACCUCAAGCGAGUGCUGAAACGGAAGAAGGCACUCGAAAACAAAAAGAGACGCGAAACAUUGGACCCCAUGUAUCUGUACGAGAUGGCGAAACGAGAGUUCCCACCUCUCAACUGCGACUAUUCCAACACUAAUCUUUUAUCGAAAGCAGAGCUGCAGGAAAUUAAAGAUUUGAUUUUGAAAAAAUGCGAAUCGAGCGUUUACGGGAUUAAUAGACGAACGGUGAAAUGUAAGGGCGAAAAGAACACUGCGAAGUGUAUGCUGUCGAACAGUUUGAUAAACGAAUUGAUGCGUGAAAUGAGGCUGAAGUAGGAAAAACAAGUGAAAGUUCAUAGUUUUAGUUUU